CCUAUUAAGGAACUGAUUUCCACUUUUCUGCAUUUACUUCAUUACAGCUAACUUUAGUUUUCCCGAGCCUUCCACCUGCCCACUUCCCUGUAGCUGCCUGAUCUCUGCUCAGAGGAGAUGGAAGAGGGAAAUCAUUCGGUGGUGACUGAGUUCAUUCUCUUAGGACUGACAGAUCGUUCAGAGCUACAGGUCCCUCUGUUUGUGUUGUUCCUACUGAUUUAUGUUAUCACUUUGGUGGGGAAUGGGGGGAUGAUCUUGUUAAUCACAAUUGACCCCCGACUUCAUACCCCCAUGUACUAUUUCCUCCGGAGUUUGUCUGUUUGUGAUCUCUGCUAUUCCUCAGUAAUUGCCCCUAACAUGCUGAAGAAUUUCUUAGCCGAGAGGAAAAGCAUUUCUUACGAGGCCUGCGCUGUGCAAAUGUAUUUUUCUGUAUUACUUCCAGAUGUUGAGUGUCUCUUGCUGGCUGUGAUGGCCUAUGACCGUUAUGUGGCCAUCUGUAACCCGCUGCACUAUAUGGUUACCAUGUCCAGCCAGCGCUGUGACCAGCUGGUGGCUGGGGUGUGGGCUGUGGGGUUGGUGGAUGCAUUUAUACUUACGUGUUCUACAUUCCGCCUGUCAUUCUGCCACUCCAACAUCAUCAGGCAUUACUUUUGUGAAAUGCCCCCACUGCUGGCACUCUCCUGCUCUGACACCCGCAUCAGUGACAUUGUGCAGUUGGCUUCUAUGUGCUACACUGUAAUACUCAGCGUUGUGAUCAUUCUCCUCUCCUAUGUCUAUAUCUUCACCACCAUCCUGCGGAUCCGCUCUGCCGAGGGCCGGUACAAAGCCUUCUCCACCUGCGCUUGUCACUUGAUCACAGUCGGAGUAUUCUAUUUCACUAUCCUUUUCAUGUAUUUCCAACCCACCUACAGCCCUUCCGCAGACACCGACAAAGUUUCCUCAGUGUUCUACACUCUGGUGAUCCCCAUGUUGAACCCCCUCAUCUACAGCCUGAGGAACAGGGAGGUGAAGGACUCCCUGAGGAAAACCAUGAACAAACUCCUAACCAGUCCCUGA